AUGAGUCCUGCCUUCAAUCCAGAUUACUUUAAGCGGGUGGAUCAGCCCAAAGACCUGAAACCAAAAAUCCCAUCCGUUUCGAAGUUGUGCAAAGAAAUGAUGCCAGAUAUUUGUACCCUUGGGGAAUUCAGUAAUACAUUUAAAGAUGAUAUCGACUUUCUCUCUGCAGCAAUUAAUGCAGAAUAUGGUAAGGAUGACUAUUUUGAUUCUGCAUUAGAUGAUACCUUUAAAGCCAUUAUAUUGGAACAGCCUCAUAAACAGCCAUUUAUUGCUCUAUUAAUUAUUGUUGUUGCUUCUAAGAAUAAAAUUGCUGCUGAAAAUAUCAUGUUUUCCCUCCUUUUCAAGUUUCAAACAUGUUUAUAUCAGACAACGUCAUUUGGUGCAAUUACUUCUGGUACUGGUCCUUGGAAUAGUAUUAAGUUAUUUGUUAGAUUUUUUGCAAUUAUCUCCCCAAUUAUAGAUAAAAAGAUGGUUAUUACAUUCUACAAGAAGCUUCUAGAAUUAAGCAUUGACCUAAAUGAUUCUGAUCCAAAGGCAAGAAAUUCAUUAUCCGAAAUGCUGUAUGUUACAACCUUACUAAACAUUCCAUACUUCUUUUAUUUUAAUCGUGUACCAAACUCCUUAUUAGAAGAUGUUAUUGCUCUACUUGAAGAUGCCCAAUCAAAUUUUAGAAUUAAGAGUUCGAUAAACGAUUUAUUCCAUACAUUUUGGCCAUGUGAUUCAAAGCAUAAUGUGGAUUUAGUGAAAGUUACUUUAUCCAACGUCAUAAAUGUAUUGAAGGAUGAUUACAAAAGGCUGAAACAGUUUUUCUCCAAACUGGAUGACUUCCUACCAGCUAAAUUGCCUACGCUAGAGUCAGACGUGAACAUACUAUUUCCAACACUUCAAGAAUUAAUCCCUGUUAGUGAUUUGAAAAAGAGUAGCGGAUUUGUUGAUAAAAUUUGGGGGUACCCUAGACCUCUCUUCCAAAUAUUUGUUCCAAAUGAAAAUGUUCCUUUCGAAACAGUAGUCCCCAUUACGACCUAUGAAGGUCAGUUAUUGAAUGAUAUUAUUACUGAUCUUGUAGAGGGCUUAGAGUUUAAUAGAAAGGAAGUAGCAACUCAGAUUAUAACAUUGGAUUUGUUUUUCAAGAAAGGUUUUUUUACUGUUCCUGGAAUCCCACUUGUGAGUUUGAAUGCCGAAUAUCAACUGGAUAAAAGCAUUACAACCUACAAAAUUGAAGAUACUGCUAUUGAAACGGUUUUGGGACUUUUAUUUAAACUUCCUGUGGUUUCGCAUCCGGUGGCAUAUUUUUACGCGUUACUAGUGGAAAUAUGCCAGAAUUCUCCUUCUGUAAUUGCUCCAAUAUUUGGAAGAGCGUUCCGGUAUUUUUAUAAUAACUUAGAAACGUUGGAUUUCGAAUUACAAACUAGGUUUUUAGAGUGGUUUUCUUUUCAAAUCGGUAAUUUUGAAUUUGCUUGGAAAUGGCAAGAAUGGCAAACAUACUCACAAAGAUAUAGUGGUAUGUUCUACAACAGUAAAGUCAACUUUUCAAAUAAUUUGCUAAGGAAAAUUAUGAGAAUGACUUCGAAUACUCCUAUGGUUGAAGAAAAAUUACCAGAAUAUUUUAAAACAAGUUCUAAGCUCUCUCUUCUCUCUCCCGAAGAUCUUCGCGACUAUUAUCAAUCAUUUUUCGAAGAUUAUACGGUAAACUCUGAAGACUUAAAGCCUAAUGACCUAUAUUUCCGAAACUCGAUGGUUCCAAUGAAUGAGGCUGUUAAUUGGAUGAAAGAAUAUAUACAAAAACAUCCAACAUCUCCCUCCCUCCCUGUAUUAGAAAAUGCUCUAACAAAGAUUAAAAAUAACUUCAAUUCAAUAAUCAGCAAGUUUGAUCAUUUCUCGAUUGUAUUAUUGAUUCAUAUGACGCUAUACUGUGGGAAAAAGGCGUUGUCAUUAACAUCUAAUUACAUACUUGGAAUGCAUCAUAUUUUAAAGGGCAUUUUCGAUAAAAUCAAUAUUCCUCAAAUAGAAAAAGAAUUUAUGAUAGUUGAAGCUAUUCUGAGAUUUUGGAACAGUAAUCCUCAUAUUGGAUUUCUAGUAACCGAAAUGUUUCUCUUUCAUGGGUUCGUAUCCAUUCAAGUUAUUCUACAAUUCAUUUUUAACGAUUAUAACGGUAAAGUUUAUGGUUUAGUGGAUGAGUCCACAAUACUUUUUACAUUUAGGAUAUUAGAUUAUCACACACUCCCCGAACUGGAAACAUUUUCCCCUCCUAAUUAUGUAUUCAAGAGAUUAGUUUCGAUUCUGAAUGAUACCGCCAAGAAAUCCCAGAAACAGGGACAGAAAAUAUCCAAUUCGUUAAUGUCGACAGAGAAAUAUGAUCUAACAUGGAAGUACCAUACCGUAAAGAAAUAUUUGAAAUACAUUUACAGAACGUAUGGACACAUUUUAAUUGAUCAAAGUUCAUUAGACAACAAUCUUUUCACAGAUCUCUUGAUAGAUGAUAUUGAUGACCUGGUUUAA